AUGUUAGACGUCUUAGAUUUCAUCGCCGACAGAGGCGGUGACCCCAAGAAGAUUCUCGAAUCUCAGAGACGAAGAUAUGCCGACCAGAACAUCGUGCAAGAAGUUGCGGAUCUGUGGGAAGAUGCAUACAAAACUAGAUACAAAGCCACUGAAAUUGGCGCCUCGAUAAACAAACUGCAGAAAGAGAUCGGUCAACUCAAGAAGAACAAACAAGAUGCCACAGAACUCCUGCAGAAGAAAGUGGAACUGGAGAAGGAAAAGAAAGCGGCCGAGGAGUCAGCCGUUGCAAAAGAGUUGACACGCGACCGACGGUGCAAGACUAUUGGCAACUACGUCCACGAUUCAGUCCCAAUAAACGACAACGAAGACUUCAACGAGGUAACCAAGAAAUGGGCUCCUGAAGGCGUCACCGUCGAGAAGAAGCAAUGCCUCUCCCACCACGAAGUCAUGCUCCGCGCCGACGUCUACGACCCUGACCGUGGCACCAAGAUCGUCGGCCAUCGAGGCUACUUUCUACGAAAAUGGGGCGUCCUCCUCAACCAAGCACUAAUCAACUACGGCCUACACUUCCUCACGGAACGCGAGUACGAGCCGAUUCAGCCUCCCUUCUUCAUGAAAGCCAGCUACAUGGGCAAGACCGCUCAACUCGAACAAUUCGACGAAGAACUCUACAAGGUCGUCGAGGGCCCAGACGCCGAGGACAAAUACCUGAUCGCCACCUCAGAACAGCCCCUCUCUGCCAUGUUCGCCGACGAAUGGAUGACGGAGAAGGAACUUGAGAAGCCUCUCAAAUUCGCCGGCUACUCAACCUGCUUCCGCAAAGAAGCUGGCGCCCACGGUCGCGACGCCUGGGGUAUUUACCGAGUUCACCAGUUCGAGAAGAUUGAACAAUUCCUCUUCACUAAGCCCUCGGACUCCUGGGCCGCACUAGAGUCCAUGCUCGAGACCGCCGAAGCUUUCUACCAGUCUCUCCUGCUUCCCUACCGAGUCGUCACCAUCGUCUCCGGCGCACUCAACAACGCAGCUGCCAAGAAGUACGACCUCGAGGCAUGGUUUCCCCAUCAGGGAGAGUACAAGGAGCUCGUGUCAUGCUCAAAUUGCACGGAUUACCAGACGAGAGAGCUAGAGGUGCGGUACGGCCAGAAGAAGGGCGUUAUCGACAGCCGUAAGACGUACGCACACGCGCUCAACGGCACCUUGUGCGCUACUUCGAGAACGCUGUGCUGCAUUCUGGAGAACUACCAAACUGAAGAUGGGGCGGGCUUCAGGGUGCCGGAAGUGCUGAGAAAGUACUUGCCGGCCGACACGCCUGAGAUCAUUCCGUUCACGAAAGAGCUGCCCAAGGCGGCCUCUGGUGGUGGUAAGGCCAAGUCCAAUGAGAAGUCGGUGCUGGAGCGACUGGGUGACAAGCUGGAGAAGACCGGCUUGAAGGGCUAG